AAAGCGGACAAGUGAAUAAUUCUUUUUUAAGUUUUGCUGCUCUUUUUUUUUUUUGGUGAAAAAUAUGUCGUAGUCGGUGAAAUGAAAGAUAAUUUUUUUUAAAAUAUCAAAUAAAGAGGAAUUUCUCAUUCUGUGUGAAAAAGUAAAACGUGGAAAGAUUUUUAAGGACAUUAAAUUUAUAGAUUUCGAAAAAGUUUUUCUAUUCCUUGCGAAUCCCUAAAAAAAUGAGCAGCUCGGAGGAAGUCUCUUGGGUUACUUGGUUCUGUGGUUUACGCGGCAAUGAAUUCUUUUGCGAGGUUGAUGAGGACUACAUACAGGAUAAAUUCAAUUUGACUGGUUUAAACGAGCAGGUUCCAAAUUAUAGACAAGCACUUGAUAUGAUACUUGACCUGGAACCAGAGGAUGAACUUGAAGAUAACCCAUUGCAAUCGGAUAUGACUGAACAGGCAGCUGAAAUGUUAUAUGGUUUAAUACAUGCCAGAUAUAUAUUGACAAAUCGUGGUAUAGCCCAAAUGAUUGAAAAAUAUCAGACUGGUGAUUUUGGGCAUUGUCCACGUGUCUAUUGUGAAAGUCAACCUAUGUUGCCAUUAGGUCUAUCUGAUAUACCUGGUGAAGCUAUGGUUAAAGUCUAUUGCCCAAAAUGUAUUGAUGUUUAUACACCAAAAUCAUCACGUCAUCAUCACACAGAUGGCGCUUAUUUUGGUACUGGUUUUCCGCAUAUGUUAUUUAUGGUGCAUCCGGAAUAUCGUCCUAAACGACCUACUAAUCAAUUUGUUCCAAGACUUUAUGGCUUUAAAAUUCAUAGCUUAGCUUAUCAAAUACAACAACAGGCAGCAGCCAAUUUCAAAAUGCCUUUACGAGCGCGUGGUGGCGUUGGCGGCGGUGAUCAAAACAAGGAUGAUGAGGCUGAAAAUGUCGAUACAAUUCCAAAUCGCGUUUAAAAAAUAAAUAAACAAA